AUGGACAACACAACUGACGUUGAAGCUUUCUAUCGCUGCUAUCCGUACCUACUUAGCUCCAGCCAACAAAACAUUUCCAAAGUGCGUCCAUUAACGCGCACGCCUUGCUAAUAAAUCAUUUUGAAGUACCUGCUUUACUCCUGCUCCGCUUGGAUCAUCUUUUGGUGUCUUUUGACGGUCCUCAUCAAUGCGCUACACAAGUGGGCUUUCAAAAAUCGGCAUUGUGAAGAAAAAUUUUCAGGAAUGUGGGGAAUCAACGUUUCAUACAUUUCUUCGAAGAACUUGCUAUUUGUGCUUUGUCGGUGUUCAUUUUUGUUCUGAAUUUUCUGUUCAUCAAAAAUGAAGUUCGUUAUUUCUCUUUCAAAAAUAAUCUAGCAAGAGGCUUUGUACCUUAAAAAUGAUUAGUUUUGUUUUGGGAGUGGAUUUUUUCGAUUAGAGAAGCACAUCGAAAAAAACUCUUUCGAAAAAAAUCCAGCGAAAGGAUGUACCUUAAAAAAAUAAUCUAUUCAAGUAGCCAUCGAGGAAAUUUGCAAUAAAUUUGACAUCAAGAACUGCUUAAAAUUCACACAAAAUAAAAAUUCUUAAUGAACCAGCUUUUAUACUCGACUUGAUAACCAAGCAAAAACCCGACUUCAAAAUUUUUCAUUCUCAAGUCUUUAUAGCCAAACCCCAAAUUUCCAACUACUAUUGACUUUUUUCAGAAAGCAUUUUUUUUUCAGAGGAUGUGCGAGAUAGUUUCCCUCGGAUCACAAUAUCUAAUGGUUCUCACUGCGGGAAUCUUCUUAAUGGAGGCUUUUUUUGCUUCAUGGUGAGCACAAACGUUUUUAUCACUGCUUUUUUUCAGGAUGGUACAUGGGAGAUCAAACAAAGACGGAUGUCCACUAUGGAUUGCAUAUUACAUCCUGCCGAUCUUGAUCGCGGCCAUUCCAACUGCCGCUACUUAUUUCACAGAAAAGGACUACUACGGGACUUCAGCCAUACAGUAAUUCUAUGUAGGGGUAGAAAUCUCACCAAAACAUUUUUUAGUUGUUUUGCGGUUUCUACUAUUGAUAUGCUCUGGGGUUUCGUCAUUCCUGUGUGGCUUCUUGUCGCCCUCACUGGAUUGAAAGCGCAACUUGCUUGUAUAGCUUGUAAUAAAAACCACGAGGAUCAGGACCAAGAGCAAUGUUUCUGGGCUAGGUGAUUAUUUGGACAUAGGUGAAAAAAAACAUACUUUCUUCAAGACGGUCGGUGAAAUCGCUGCUGAUGACCAGCCUUUUCAUAUUCAGUACUUGGCUCAUGACUCUUUUCGCUUAUGAGCAUCAGGUUUAAUUCAUUCCAUAAAACCCUAAAAGUAAUUUAUUCAGGUUCUCUACCUCUUCAUCAUUGUGACAGCGAUGUGUUUUGUAUUAGGACCGACACUUUUUGUUGUUCACACAUUUUGUCACCUAAACGUGAGAAUUUUUCCGGAUAAUAUACGGAAAUAUUUUUAGACCUGCCAGAAAUGGGGAGGAGGUGGCAUUUUUGGUUCUCUGUACGCAAUGUGUCCACCAAAAGUAAUCGAUUCUUCGGACAAAGAAAUCGAAACGGUUUGUAAAGUUCUUUGAGUUGGGACGUCCCGAUCUUAAAUUAUCUUGAUUUGACGCAAAGACACCCAGUUAUUGUUGACUUUUAAGGAAGGAGUUUAGGAAAAACCGGAAAGUAAGGCCGGACCCCAUGACGGACCGAAGAUUGAGGAAGCUGCACUUUCUGAUCCGCCUCCAGUAGCAUUUCCUUUUUUUGACUACAAAUAAUUGGAAUAUUCAGAAAUCCUUCGCUCACACACAGUCGCAGAGGUUUUACGAUUGGCUCACCGAUCACACCGGAAAGUUGGACAGCCACACAGUUUUAUUCCAAUCUCCAAAAGUGUUUUGA